ACUUACGUGACAACACCGAACACGGUGGCCGGCGCCAAAGUUAAUAAAAUUUAAUAAUCUACGUUUCGUGUCUUCACAUCGGGUUAAUAUAUUUCAAUGUACGUUUGACCGUUUAUAUAAAUAUAUAAUAUAUUAUCUGAAUACACGCGCGUUAGUGACGUGUCCGUUUGCCUAUUAAGAUACAUGUUUUCGACCGAGGAGGGCGACGUCUCACGAUGAAAUUGAACGUGGUCUUCCUGCACCCAGAUCUGGGCAUAGGCGGUGCCGAACGGUUGGUGGUCGAUGCGGCCGUGGCGAUGAAGCAAUCUGGCCAUUCCGUGCGGUUCGUCACCAAUCACCACAGCGUCUCGCACUGUUUCGAAGAGACCAGGGACGGUACGCUGCCGGUGACCGUGGUCGGCGAUUGGCUACCGAGGACGGUGUUCGGCAAGUGUUACGCUCUGUGCAGUUACGCGCGCAUGGUGUAUGCCGCGUUGUACUUGACGUUUUUCAGUUCCAUCAAUCCUGAUGUGGUGUUCGUGGACCAGAUAUCGGCGUGCAUACCCAUAUUGAAUUGGAUGCCAUGCAGAGUGCUGUUCUACUGCCAUUAUCCCGAUCAGCUGUUGGCCGCGCACGACGACGCUCUCAAGCGGUACUAUCGACUGCCGUUGGACUGGCUAGAAGAGAAGACCACCGCGUGCGCCCACAUGAUCUUGGUUAACAGUAAUUUCACGUUGGACGUCUUUAGGAGUACGUUUAAAAGCAUUGACACGCUGCCAAUAGUCGUCUACCCGUCCAUAAACACUGCGUUUUUCGAUAACACCGAAACGAUACAGUUGAAAGAUUUUAUGGAAGUGGACAGUUGUAAAUAUAUCUUAUCUAUAAAUAGGUUUGAGAGGAAGAAAAAUCUGGGUUUGGCGAUCCACAGUUUCAACUUGUUGUCAGACAAGAAAAUAAAACUCGUCUUGGCCGGGGGUUAUGAUCCUCUGAAUUUAGAAAAUAUCGAAUAUUUUCAUGAGCUGGUAAAUCUUGUUCGAGAUAUGAAUCUCGAUGAACGCGUUAUAUUUUUGAAAUCUCCAUCGGAUGCCAUAAAAAUAUCACUCCUUAGGCAUUGUCUAUGCUUGGUGUAUACUCCAUCCUUUGAACAUUUUGGUAUCGUUCCGUUAGAAGCCAUGUACUGUUGUAAACCAGUUGUGGCAGUUAAUAAUGGUGGACCUAAAGAGACUAUUGUAAAUAAUCAUAAUGGAUACUUACGGAAUGCUGAGCCCGAAGAUUUUGCUAAUGCUAUAAAACAGCUUGUAGAAAUUGAAGGAAAAGCUGAAAUAUUUGGAAAUCAUGGAAAAAAGAGAUUUGAUGAUAUUUUUUCAUUUGGGGCAUUUAAAAAUAAAAUAGAUAGUAUAUUAGAAAAUUUAUAUAAGUCUGAAUAAAAUACAAUUUGGGAUACUAUUUUGUGAUACUCGGUUAUAAGUCUUACUCUUUUUCUAUUAAUUGAUAUUUUAAGUUUAUUUUGAGACAAAUGUUACUUAUAUUGAUUUAAUUUAUUCAUUUGAUUAAUGUAAAAUAAUAUUUUAUUUAUAAUUAUGAUUGCAAUACAUUUAGGGCAUUUAAGUUGCAAGC